CCUACUUUGUGCUCAGGGCAGUUGAGUACAACUAAUAUAAGCGGCAACUCUACUUGUGCCUUGGAUGUGCUGUACGAGGAAAGUACGAGGAUAGAUGACAGACCGUCGGAGCACACCACAUUCACAGCAUUUCCAAGUGGACGUGAAAGCGGGAAAAUUGGGAGGGUGUGGUGUCAUUGACAACAAAGCACCGCACCAGCACAAUGAGUUACCGACCGGGACUGCGAUCCUUCGCCGGGGCUCACCCUGCGUUGAUCUUCGAGCACAGUCCGCUAUCACAGUGGAAGUGCAGAGCGCCCUUGAGAAACCCCCAAACACCCCCGCGGCCUCCGAGGAGGACGGCACGGCAAGGAACCGCACUCCACGCGAGGAAUGGAAUAAGCAAGGAAGCGAUAUGGAAGGAGGGAGGAGGAGAAACGUCGUUGUUUCCUCGUGGCAAGGGCGAGCGACAAAUGAUAACGAGCUCUCUACGAUGAUAGCGCCUCGGUCACCGCCUCAAAUCACCCCGUCACCGUCACCGUCUCAGUCUGUGACAGUUGUCUCCACAUCAGUUCCUCAUCAAUACUCGAGUAGCAUCGCCUGAGUUGGCGGUGACGGCGAUGUGAUGCGCCUCAUUGUGCUGCGUGACGACAAAGUGUGACGGUAUGUGAUGAGAGGACUCGGUCGAGUGUGAUGGGAUGUGAAGGGAAGGGAUGAGAUGGAGAAAGUACACCAGUUCCACGCCAUGCACCGGCGUACAUCGAAGUACAUCUCCCUCCAUCCCCGUCGCAUCCCCUCCCUCGUCCCCUCCCGUACCCCACUCCCCGCACCCAUCACCAACCAGCGCACAGCUGUUGGCGCCUUACCAGC